CAGAAGCGAUGGCGGAAGGGGUGGGGGCGCGCAUCGCCGAGCAUGCGCUUGGACGUGGCGGUCCAUCUCGGAGCGGCGGUGGCGAAGAAUCUUCCCAUAAAACUUCGAGUUGGCCGCUGGGCUGGAGUACGGUUGGGAGGGUUACCGUUUCAAGUGUUUUCACAUUGUGGAGUGCAUUAAUCCUGCAUCAAGACAUGUCUGAAGUCAAGCGGAGGAAAGGAAACAUUUCCAAGCCAAACGAAGAUGAACAAAAGAAAAAAGUAGUCAAGAGUACUAAAUCCAUGAGGAUGGAUCUGCAAAAAGCUUCAAGUUUGUUAGCUCUUGUUGCCAGUUUAGGGCUAUCAUGGUUUCUUUUUCAACAGUCUGUUCAGCUGGCUGCUGUAGAAAAGAAAUAUCACAUAUUAAAGGAGGAAGCUAUAAAAUUUCAAGAUAUGGAAAAUAAAAUUAGCACAAUCUCUGAAAAGUGUGAGAUGGUACCAAGUUUGACAAAACAACUGGAAGAUCUUAAUGUAAUUCCUCAGAUGAAGCAUCUGCAAAAGGAGAUUAGCAUCAUGCAGAUAAGAUCCAGUCGGUUAAUUCAAGAAGAGGAGGAGCUCCAGCAAAAUUUAACAUCUCUUUCUGAUGCAGUUGCUAAACAUGAGGAAAAAACUAAGGGCAUCUCUGUAAAAAUUGCAGAUGUGAAGACUGACAUUAGACGCAUUUCAGGUCUUCAAACAGAUAUAUCCUUAUUAAUAAAGAAUCUAGAAAUUCUAGAAGACAAAGUAAAUAAAGUUGAAAAGGCCAUAAUACAGAAUAUAGGGGAUCUUCUCACUAGUAGCAUUGACAGGACUACAAAGCUACAAAAUAUUGCAUCUGAAAAUACCAGAGAAGUAAAGCACAUUAAGGCAAAAUCACUUGAGUUGAAAGCCGACUCUACCAAGCAAUUCAAUAAACUUUUAGAAUUGGAAAGUGAUAGAGCUAAAGUUCGGACAACAGUAGCCUUUGCAAAUGAGUUAAAACCUAAAGUCCACAAUUUAAAGAAUGAUUUGGCACAUUUGCUACUCGUGUUAGAUGAAUUAACAUUGCGAAUAGGAAGACUACUUGGGGAUCUAUUGGAAAGCCAAAAGGAACUUGCUCUCCUGAAUAAAAAGCUAUCUAAUUUAACUUCAGUUCAGACUCAAAUUGAGUGACAACUAUUUCAAAUAGGAACACAUCUAAGAACAUUUUCAUUCUAACAAAUCAGAGUACCUUGUUCUAAAAGUUGCAUGUUAAAUCAUAAAAUUUAAAAAAAUCUGCAUAUAGCAAAUUGAAUUUUCAAACAGGCAAUUUUGUUUUGAUGAAUAAAUUACAUUCUUCAAGUGAAAUUACAAGUUUUAAAUUAUUAGUGAAAAUGCAAUGAUCCUUUUCACACUGGUGAAAAUCUUGAUAAAAUUUAGGUUUGCAUGUUUCUGCAAAACAUUCCCAGCAUUGUAAAAAAAAAAUAACAAACCAAUAUUGGAGAAUUUCUGACACGAUUCAGGUUUUAGUAGUUAAGACAAAAUCAUUUUAAAACAUUUUCAUAUUAAAUUUUUCUUCUGUGCCUCCUGUAAUUUAUUAACAUGAGAUGGGCAUAAUUUAUGAUAUGGUAAGAUGCUUUUUAACCAACCUCAACAAAGAAUGUUGUAGACUACUACUAAGCCUCAGCCCAUUUGGAACCGGGCCAUGCGAGCGCAGCUUCAUUUGCCCAAGCAGGGGGUAUUUGUGCUUGCGUGCAAUGCUCCAUUUAUGCAAGUAGUAUACAUGCCUGCAACUCACACAGAACCAUCCCUUUCUGCCCUGGCCACCAAGCCAGAAAGUUGGGUACUGACUUAAGAAAUGUAUUAUUAUUUAUGGUUUCCAAAAUUCAUCUAUUUACUUCUGAAAACUUAGUAACUUUUCUUUAAUUCUGAACUUCAGAAUCAAUUUUAAAUAUUCUAAUUUCAAAUAUUUUACUAGUAGAUGACUGUGUAUAGCUACAUAGGAUUCAAACUGAUUGCUUGAGGUAGGUCUAACCUGGAAGCAGAUGUAUUUAUAACAUACAUUUGCAAUUUUUAUUCUUACUCUAUUAAUUUGCUUGUGACAGCCUUAAUGGUAUAGGAUAUUUCCCGGCCUAAUGUAGUCUUUUUCCUUAGCAGUUUCUCUGGUUAAAAUAUUUUGUUCCAUUGCACCAUUGAUAGUAUACAUGAUUAUGAUUACCCAUUUAGAUCAGGUUCGAAAACCAUUUAAUUCAUAUUAGAACAAAUUAUUACAUAAAAAUGUAAAAUUAAAAUAUGUGCACUUUUCCUUUCCUUUCAGAUUUAGAAACGUUAAAGGUAGAACUUAGUAAA